AACCGAAACUAACGUCACGCAAUGGUUAUUUAUCAGUAGUUCUUUCACUAAUGGAUUUUGUUAUCAAACUGGCUUGUUCAUUCUAGUUUUUUCUCUCAUUGGAAUGCUAAAUUAAUCUGCAUUCUUUGUUUCUAUCAACAUCAGCAAGAGGUGUCUUCAAUCUACUGUAUCAUCGACUUUUGGAUUACUUUUUUCGGCUUCCAAACCCGGGCAAGUGAUAACAAAUCUGCUGGUCACCAAUAUGGAUUGCUUCCGGACCGUCGUGAAUUACGCCUCCAACUGUUUCCGCUGCCAGGAAGAUUCCUCGACUCAGGGAAGCGAACCAAACGAGAGGACACAUUUGUUAGACAAUCCAGUAAACAACAGUCCAGCCGUGCGGAGGUCCAAUAGCGAAGAUCUAACGGAAGAGUUUCCCAGCUCGGUGCCGAAAAAGGAUGACGUCUCAGCGUUGAACAAGAUUAUACAGGAUGCAGCAGCAAAUGUAAUAGACGUUGCAGCCAUGGACGUUCACAAUAUCGAACCACAUGAGUACAACGAUAGAGUAAAGGUCUACUCGCAACGUUUGGCUCAACAGUGGAACACUGUUCAACAUCCGAACAAUGUACAUUACUAUGGUCUUCUCAAGGAUAUUCCAAAUCCUGAAUCUAUCUUGUCGGCUCCGAUAGCACCAGAUGAUUUGCAAAUGAUUCGCGGAAUGGUCCAGAAAGCGAACGUGGCGGUAUCGGAGAUCAAGAUCAAACACACCGAGAACCUGGUGGUGCCUUUUAGGAUUCCAUAAUAUUACGCCGCCGUUAAACGGCACUUGUAAGUAUAGAACGGUGGAUCAAUCAUGGAUGUUACAACACACAAAACUAGGUACAUGUCUAAGUGGAAAAAAUCUUCCAACUGGUUUUCUGCCUCUGUUACUCUCGCAACUGUUUGCAAUAAUCAGCAAAGCCUUUCGGCCGACGCUUCUAUUAAGUUUCCUUUCAACUGGCAGAAUUUGCCUCCUAAUAUGAAAAUAUUUGAAUUUAUUUACUUUACAACAGUUUAAGGUCAUUGUGUAUCUCGUUCUUAAUGGAACAAAUCCUUAUAACUAAUCGGUCUAGCUAUGCAAUUUAAACAAAUUUCAAUUGCGUUUUCCAAAACAUUUAACCCCAGAAUCGUGUAAAAUAGCGAAAAAAACACUAACCAUAGGGAACGCAAAUGCAACAGUACUGUGCAUAAUCCUUAAGUAUAAACUUUGUA